CGAUUACGAAUACGUACAAUAUUUCAGACAUCGAGAAGAAGAGAUAUAGCUGUUGUAAGUGACUGUAUCUAGGAUGGAUAUCGCGUCGGCCCGCUGCACAGUUCCGCAACGACGAUAGAAUGCGCCUUAGCAUGGAAGACGUUCUACCUUCAUCAAAUCGACAAGGACAUGCUGAAAAUAUCAAACUUACGAUAAUGCCCUGAUGACUAAAAUUCAACAGUCGUCCACAUCCGUAAAAAUCAUUGUUCAUCGUUUACUCAGCGAUGCGAAAGCAGUGAUGGAUUCAAAACUAGAAUCUACAAAAAGAAAACGCGCAAAAACAGAUGAAGAAUAUUCAGACGAACAUUGUGAACAGAAGCCGCUAUGCAAAUAUGGUGAAACCUGUUACCAGAAAAAUUCUUAUCAUGUACAGAAAUUUAGACAUCCCCAUAGAGAUCCUGUCGCCAAGCCUGAACCGAAGGUACAAGAAAAAUCAGAUGAAAGUAUGACAUGCCUGAUGUCCUCUGGCUCAACGGGAAUGAAAGAACAAGAAACAUCAGAACCUAAUGGUACUCCUUCAUCUGUAACUGUUGAACAGGGAAAUGACUAUCAAGAAAUUAAAGAGGAUGUUAGUGAAUUGGCACAUUCACCCUUAGAUGUCAAGGAGAACAUAAAACAAAAAUUUCUAGUUGAAAUGCCGGAUGAUUUUUACGAGUUCUGGGCAUUUUGUCAAUCAAUUUGCCAGAAAAAUACUUUAGAAUUAUUUAAGGAUUCCCUCGGAUUACAUUUAGCUGGCCCAUUUGAACUGCUUGACCAAACCCAAAAGGAAAGCAAGCCCAAACAUAAAUCAGACAAUCUUUUAAUACAGUGGCGAUUUUAUUAUGAUCCUCCUGAAUUCCAGACUGUAAUUGUUGGGGAUCUAAGCAAGGGAUAUCAUAUCGGUUAUUUCCGUGAUGCUCCAAACGAAAUGCCCGCGUUUGUUGGCUCAAACACGGAAUCAGAAGGUUGCCUUUUAACUCCCAUGGGCGAGAAUCUGUUUUCUGCUGUCAGUCAGCUAAUAUCCGUGACCGUUAAAAAAGUGGACCCAUUUAAGAAAAGCCAACUUACGUCACUAAAGAAGCAAUUAGAAGACUGGACAAACAAAAAUGGUAUUCCAAUUGAGCCACAGAGUCAAACUCUUAAAAAGCGAAAAAAGCUGGUGGUUGCUAAGACAUUUUACGAAUGUGGCAUUGUGGUCCCGGUAGAUAAAAAAACAAAAGUUGGAUACAGAGAAAUUCCAGAAACAAGUGCCAACAUAAAAAAAAUUUGUAAGAGGAUCGUUGAAAGCCAAAAUUUAUCUGAACAAAACAAGAACAGCGAUGCUCUUCAAGAAUUGGUUACUUACGUUCAGUAUGCUAAUGAUGAAUCGGACUACGGUAUGGGUCUAGAACUUGGACUGGAUUUAUUAGCCUUUGGAGGAGAGGUUUUCCAUCCAACAAUACUUCACUUGUUGGGCGUUGCCUACGAGCUUUUGGAUCGCAAAGAAUUUUUCGUUAUUCUUAAGACACAUCUGAGUAACAGGCGUAGGCUCGCAACUGCUGAAACAGAAAAUUGUAGCAUAUCACAAAUUUUCGCAAUGAGAAGAGCCCCACAAAGAGCCCUGAAAAGGAUUCCAGAUAGAAGCCAUGUGGAAUGGCAGGACUUUGACCCGAGGAUGGAGGAGUAUUACAAUGCCAAUAACCAUUACACUUCAGGACCUGGAUUACACUUACCUUGCAGUUUACCUUACACUAUGAGGACAAAUGCAUUGCCAUACAAACUGUUCGUUAGUGGGAUCCAUCCCGAUACAACAGAGGAAGGUAUAAGACACAUUUUUUGCAAUUAUGGAAAACCCUUGUCAGUAACCAGGACCAGGAACAGAAAUCAACAACCAAUAGCAUUUGUGGAAUUUGAAUCACAGUGUGAGGCUGAUAAUGCAAUUAUUGAACUCGAUGGGAAACCACCUCUUAAUUGGGAGAUAUGCUAUGCUAUGACUCGCUGUAGUGAAGAAAGGGUUUACUCACAGUUUGCAAAUCUCUCACUGGAAUCGGAUUUUGAAAGACAGACACCUAUGUUUCAAACGUCUGGCAUGGGCAGACAACCUUUCCACUCCAGGCCAUCUCCUGGUUUCACCAACAAUGAAUCAUCUAUGGGACCGACGCAGCUGACGAAUACCAUUCCCAAUUCCCUGAAGCAAGAAAUGCCGCCUUGUUUCGUAUGUGGGGCACAUGCGCCUCUUGUCUGCACAAUUUGUAAGACUAGGUAUUGCUCUCAGACAUGCCAGGGAAGUGAUUGGCCAACUCAUCAACAUGUUUGCAGACCUCCACCAGCCUUAGAGCCGGCAACUCAACGUGUAAACGCCGGUGAAAGGGCGACCCGACCCCGUUUGUCAUCUGGAAAUGAUGUUGCUGUUAAAAAUCGAGAAUACCCAAACAUUUCAUUCUCUCGCCAGGGUAGUGGCGGUCCAGUCGCCGUUGAGCAUACUCACGACCUUUCAACAGAAGUCGGAAAAAAUUAUCGCACUGGUUCAGCUGACUCCGCUAGUUCACAUUCGUACAUUAUCAAAGGUAUAAAGCCACUGGACCAAAUGGGAUCUUCAAAUCAACGUGCCGUUGACCUGUCUGUGACGAUUCAUCGUAACACAAACAGUGGAUCAAGGACUAAAACGCCAGAUAUGAGAAUCGUUAAGGACAUCAGUGAUGCACCUGUCCAUUACGGUAAAUCUCAAUCUGGCACCCGAGACAUGCAAGCCCCUGAACAAAAUAAAGCUGCGCAAGGUUUCACACGCAGUCCUAAUUGGACGAACAACAAUGCCGCUUCGAGAAGCAAUCAAAGUAGCACAGUGUCGCCCAACCAUGGUCAAAUUACACUGAACGAACGCCAGUAUGAAAAUCAUUUAGAAAUGGGAGCCGGACCCAAAUCUCGCACUUUUCCAUUGGUUGAUGUUUCCCCUAUUAGCUCCGGCGCAUCAGCUCAUCAGAAGCCACACCAACCUCAUACGACCACUGCGGCGAAAACCUAUGCCAAAAGUUUUUCUCCAGGCCAAUUGCAACUGGUAUCCGACAAACCCAGUAAAGUUUCAGUUUGCUUUGCCAAAUCGCCAUCUGAAUUCUACAUCCAAUACUUUACGUUUCGUGAAAUUCUGAAACAAUUGAUGGUGAGCAUCGAGAACUACGCUACCAUGUCAGAUCCCCUUGUAAACCCAACAGAAGGACUACCGUGCCUCGCAAUUUACCCUGCAGACGGCUGUUGGUACCGAGCCCAAGUUCUGAAAGUCCUACCAGAUGGUAUCGGGGUUCGAUACGUCGAUUUUGGUAAUACGAUGAAAAUGCCCAACAACAAAGAUAACUUCCUAAUGAUGGAACAUUCGCUGAGUGAAUAUCCAUUUUACGCUACCAAAGUUAAAUUGGCUGACGUUUUCCCAGUCAACGGAAGUAGCUGGGAUAGGGACGUCUGUCUCAGGUUCAGAGAGAUAGUAGAUGAUAAGCCUUUCCUCAUGGAAUGUGUCCAGCAGGAUGAAGAUGCCAUUAGUGUUCGAUUGAAGAAUGGUGAUGGGUCUGAUUUAGUUACUCGUUUGUUACAAGAAAAUCUCGUCCGAAAAACACCGUUUAAAGCUUCUGACAUGCUGGAUCGUCUCACUAUUGCUACUGGAACUUCUGCUCUUCCACGCUCACCGCAAAUGGUCCAUAAUCAACAAAUCUCGCAUUCUCAGCCUGCUGGCUUAUGUAGUGGCACCGGCCCAACAUCUUCACCCGUCAAUAGAAGUUCACAAGCCCUGCAAAGCCCGCAAGCCGUCACUCCCAAAAGAUCGAUGGCCACGAGUUUAACGAUUCCCGGGCAAUCACCACUCCCAGUUCAUUCUCCAACUAGGGCUGCUUUGCGGCAGGAUACUAGCUUUAGUCAACCUCGUGCGCCAACUAUGACUUCUGUUCCGGUUCGCCCCAUCAGUUUGCCAAGUCGUCCGUUGUCAUCAGCACAUUCUCCAUUGCCACCAAAGGCCAACUCCAUCAUUGAAAUCCUGGAAGCUGGCAUGACGGUUAUUUUCCAAGUGAUUGUACGAGACAGUGGUGAUCGAUUCAUCGGUAUGCUUAUUCGUGACGAAGAAGAUAUGGGUAUCAUCGAAUUCAGUUCUUUGGCAGAAACCAUCGAGCCUGUUCCCAAUUUCCAACCAACUGUUGGAUCGGUUGUGGCAGCUCUGUCUUUGGUUGAUAACCAGUGGUACCGGGGCUGUAUCACGAAGGUGUUGAAGUCUUCCUACACCGUUCUCUAUGUUGACUAUGGAAAUGUCGAAGAAGGUAUCAUCUCAGUGAAGCCGAUUCCCUCAAGCUAUCGCCACCUUACGUUAUCUGUCAGACUGAGCGUUGCUGAGAAUUCUUCAUUGGGAAUUAAGCAAUAUGUGGAGGAGACCAUGGUUUUAGACAGCAGCCAUCAAUUGGAAGUUACUGCAAAGCGUACAAAGGAUUCGGUUCUGGCUAAAAUCAUCGGAGGAGAUAUCCCAGCUUGUGUUGUCCAAUUAGAGCCGUGGACUUCCUUUUUACCUAAACUUGAUGAGACACCUAUGCCCACUCGUGAUAUUGCUUCUCCAAACUGGGAAAUUGGGCUUAGCUGUGAAGUAAUGCCACUCGUUACUGAAGAUGUGGACUGCAUUUACGUUCAGGCUGUCACAGACGAGACAUUUAAUUUAACCUGCAAAAUUCAAAAAGAGUUAAAUGAUUAUCUACCUACUAGCAUAGCAGUAUCAACUAUUCCAGUUAUAGGAAGCUGCGUGGCUGCAAUAUUCCCAGAUGACGGAGAACUAUACCGCGCUCGGAUCGUUGAAACUACGGAAAAUUCUGUGUCUUUAUUCUAUGUUGACUACGGAAAUUCGGCCACUGUAUCCCUCGGCGACAUUCGAGUACUUCCUGAUCGUUUUUAUGAAUAUCCUGCCUGUUGCAAACGAGUUUCGCUUGCUCGUGUAGUACGUCCUGCAAGCCCUCUUCCAACUGCCGUCAGAGAUUUGCUGUCAAGCUGUGUUAAUAAGAUUUUCAAUAUGCUUGUUCUGCCGUCCACGUCUCAAUUCAUGGAAUGCGUCCUAACUCAAGACGGAAAAGUUCUGAAUGAGCUAAUCGUUGACAUUUUCGAGCAAUCGAACACCAGAACUGCAACAUCUCCACCAAACCAGAUGCCUAAACUUGAAGCCGCUUCUCCUGACACGGAUCGUAAGCGAGAAAGAGAUACCCCUGUUGACAAUACUUUAAGCGAAAUGUCAUACGACGAUGGUCCUUUUAUGGAGCUACCAAAAGAAGGACCUUUCCAAGCUAUAAUUUCGAACGUGGAAGGUCCCCAGCUAAUCAUGUUGCGUGUCCUGGAUGACCAGAUUUCUGCAAAACUUGUUCGUUUGGAGGAGGAACUGGAAGCCUACGCUGGCGCCAUAGUGCGUGGUUAUGGACCAAAGCUGAAUGAAAUCUGCAUCGCUCGUUACCCUGACGGCAAAUGGUACCGAUCAGCAUGCAUUGAUGAAAUUGCUGAUCCAGCUGGGAGACGUUAUAUGUGCAUCCAAGUUGACUUUGGUGAAACACAUAUUGUUGAUGUUGACGACAUCAGGCGUAUUCCUAAACGCUUGAUCGACUAUCUGCCUUAUCAAGCACAACAUACCAUCCUCGAAGGAACAGAAUCCAUGGAGGAAGUGAAGACCGAAUUGUCUACCCGGCUUGAUGAACUUUUACCCAAUAACAGUCAGGUAACUGUCAGUGUAGUUAGUCGUGUCGAAAUGGCAUAUGUUGUGCGUAUUCCAGAGAUCAGUGCAACCCUGUCUUCCGAGGGUUUGCUCUGAUUUUAUUUCGAAAACGGAACUUUUUUCUCGUGAUUGGUUUGAGCGCAGGAGUUUUCGGUUUCCAUUCGGUUCUUUUCCAAAUUAUUUGAAUCCGUGUAAUAUGUUUCUAACAGCCUCGACAGCUAUGUUGUAUUUUUUUUUUUCAUCAAAAUAAUGGAAGGGCUUUAAAAAGGACUAGGAUAAUCUUCCAAAUUCCGAAGUAGUAAACCUGUUUUCGUUGCCGACUAGAUCUGGAUUUUUUUUAAUAAAUACUUUUUAACAAUUUGACAAUAACUUGGUAUAAAGGC